AAGCCUGCUGGGGCAUGGAGUCCUGGUGAGCUUUGUGCGCAUGUGCGACAAGGUGAGGGUGCUUUGGGGGCCUCGCCCUGGAGUGUGAGGAAUUGGGUCUUACCUCAGAGGAAGGUGUGUCUUCCAGGUUCCUGCGAGGAGGGCGACGAGGCAUCCUUUCCCGUUCCUCCUGCCUAGCAUCCGAUCAUAGUGCUCAACCAGGGCGCUGGUGACUCGAACCCAGGUGGCCCCAUGGAGGCCCCGGCAACCCAGCCGGUGAAGCAGGAGACCUUGUCCGUAGAGGCCCUGACUCUCGACUCCCCAUGGCACCGCUUCCGCCACUUCCACCUGGGUGAUGCAGCAGGGCCACGAGAGGCCCUGGGGCUGCUCCGGGCCCUGUGUCGGGACUGGCUCCAGCCAGAAGUGCACACCAAGGAGCAGAUGCUGGAGCUGCUGGUGCUGGAGCAGUUCCUGAGCGCCCUCCCCGCAGACACCCAGGCCUGGGUGUGCAGCCGCCGGCCCCAGAGUGGAGAGGAGGCCGUCGCGCUGCUGGAGGAGCUCUGGGGCCCAGCAACCUCCCCAGAUCGAUCCUCAGCAAUGAGGGUACCUCGGGAUAUGACAGAAGCCUCGGGGGUCAGUGUUGGAAAGGAAGAAAGUGGGGUGACUCCCUUAGGAACCAGGGCCUCCGAGACAGAGGUGCCUGCAACUGAGAACGCAGUGGCUACGCGCCCUUACAAGCAGGAGCCGGGCAGCCCUCCACCAACUCCGCUGGCACCCGUCCCCAUCCUCCCUGCUUUCCUGGCGGCCCCUGGCACCGUGUCGUGCCCCGAAUGCGGCAAGUCUCCCCUGAAGCCGGCUCACCUGUUGCGCCACCGGCAGAGCCACUCAGGCGAGAAGCCGCACGCGUGCCCUGAGUGCGGCAAGGCUUUCCGGCGCAAGGAGCACCUGCGACGCCACCGUGGCACCCACCCUGGCAGCCCGGGGCCCGCGCUGCGUCCCCUGCCAGCGCGUGAGAAGCCGCACGCUUGUUGCGAGUGCGGCAAGACCUUCUACUGGCGCGAGCACCUGGUGCGCCACCGUAAGACGCACUCUGGUGCUCGGCCCUUCGCCUGCUGGGAGUGUGGCAAGGGCUUCGGGCGGCGUGAGCACGUGCUCCGCCACCAGCGCAUCCAUGGCCGGGCUGCCGCAGCGCAGGGGACUGCAGCACCAGGUCCGGAGGGUGGCGGUGCCUUCCCACCCUGGGCCCUGGGGUAGCUGCAGUUCCAAACACUUGCUGAAGCAGCGUCAUCCCCUUAGCACCCCACCCACCUCCCCGCCACCUCUUCCCUGCCCAAGUGGUGCUUUCCCUUUUCAGGCCCCGCCUCCACUCCUUCCUUCCUUCUGGAGCGUUCAGCUUUCACCUGCCCCUACAAAAGAUCCUUCUCUCUCCCCCUCCUUUACUUCUCUUUUUAUGGAGGGGAGACCUGUCCCAGGACACCCUUCACGCGGGAAUAGGAGCUCAGGGAAGAAGGAAACCCCCUCCUUCUCCCGCCUCCUGAGGAAGGCAACCUUCAGCCCCAGGACAGAGUCCGGGCCAAAGGCAAGAGGCAGCAAUAGUUUCUGAGGAGCAGGCCCAAACUAGGAUCUGGUUCUCUGCACAGCUCAAAGGCAUGAGGUGGGCAGAGGUACCUGAGAAGCUUGUUACAGAUGGCAGGCCACCAGCAUCAGUGAGAGUAAUAAAGUGACGGACUCAGUGUGUA